CUUGGAUCUUGGUUUAUGGAGACGAGGCGAUCUUUGCUUCUGGUUUUGCUGUCGUUUGCCGCCUCAUAUGUGACGGCCGGUGUUACUUACUCUUCGAGGCUCAUUCAUAGGUUUUCCGAUGAGGCGAGGUUGCUUAGGGUUCCCAGGAACGAGGGUGGAGUUCGGUGGCCGGAGAGGAAGAAUUUGGAGUACUAUGAGUUGCUCGUGAACAGCGAUUUCCAGCGGCAGAAGAUGAAGCUUGGCAGCAAGUACAAUCUCGUUUUCCCUUCUCAAGGGAAAACUACGUCGUUCGGGAAUGACUUCGGAUGGUUACACUACACCUGGAUUGAUAUAGGGACACCAAAUGUUUCGUUUCUGGUUGCAUUGGAUGUGGGGAGCGAUCUACUUUGGGUUCCAUGUGACUGUGUUCAAUGUGCUCCACUGUCUGCCAGUUACUAUAGUAGUCUGGAUAGAGAUCUGAGUGAGUAUAGGCCAUCUGGUUCAAGCUCUAGCAGGCACAUUGCAUGCAGCCAUCAGUUAUGUGAAUCAAGUCCAAACUGCAAAAGUUCGAAGCAGCAAUGCCCUUACACUAUUGAUUACUACACAGAAAAUACUUCAAGUUCUGGAUUGCUUGUUGAGGAUAUAUUACAUCUUGCAUCUAUUGGUGAUAAUACAGUGAACACUUCAGUGCAGGUCUCUGUCAUUAUAGGAUGUGGCAUGAAGCAGAGUGGUGGUUAUUUGGAUGGGGUUGCUCCUGAUGGUUUGAUGGGUUUAGGGCCUGGAGAAGCUUCUGUUCCAAGUGUCCUUGCAAAAGCUGGGUUGAUCUGCAACUCUUUCUCAAUGUGUUUUGAUGAGGAGGAUUCUGGUAGAAUUUAUUUUGGGGAUAAGGGACCUCCCACUCAACAAUCUACUCAUUUCUUGCCUUCUGAUGGGAAAUAUGAGACCUACAUUGUUGGGGUGGAGUCUUGUUGUUUUGGUAAUUCUUGUCUCAAACAAACACGAUUUAGUGCAGUGGUUGAUAGUGGAACGUCGUUUACGUUCCUUCCCAAUGCAGUGUAUGACAGAAUAGCUAAGGAGUUUGACAGGAGAAUCAAUGCUACAAUCACAAGUUAUACAGGUUAUCCAUGGAAAUAUUGCUACAAGUCCAGUUCGCAGGAGCUGCCCAAGGUUCCGCACUUGAAGCUCAUGUUCCCUUUAAACAAUAGCUUUGUGGUCUUUAAUCCUGUUUUUGUGGUCUAUGGUAUCCAGGGAGUCUCUGGAUUCUGCUUAGCGAUACAGCCAAUGGAGGGGGUUGGGACAAUUGGACAGAAUUUCAUGACUGGAUACCGGAUGGUGUUUGAUAGGGAAAAUAUGAAGUUAGGUUGGUCAACCUCAAAUUGUCAAGAUUUAGCCGUUAGUAAAAGGAUGCCCCUUUCGCCAGACGGGACACCAGUAAAUCCACUUCCGACCAAUGAGCAGCAGAGCACCCCUGGUGAACGUGCAGUUGCUCCUGCCGUGGCCGGUAGGGCUCCUCCCUCCAGACCCUCUGCUGCUGCCCCAACCCGACCCCGGCAAUUCAUUUAUCUACAAUUGCUGCCGCUGCUGGUUCUUUUGCAUGUCGUUUCAUCUUUUCCCCUAGACACCGGCUCCACCACCCAUGGUUGAGCCUCAUUUUCACGCUUAGCUAUAUAUGUAUGUAUAUCCAUCUUUCUUCCCUUUUUCUUUAUAUAAAUCUAUAUAUAUAAUAUGUAUAAUGUAUGAAUAUUUGAAGCAUGGAGCAGUGGGUGCAGUCUGGUGGUCUGAUGCCAUCAAAUUUUUUAGCCCCUGUGAUGGCCAUUGGAUGGAACAGAUGCGCAUGUCGUAGUAUAUAAUAUGUGCAUUACAUUUACUUUCUAAUCACAAUUUUAC